AUGUAUUCUUUCUGCAAGGGUUGCAAAGCUUGCUGCCUUGCUUCCGAGGAGAAUUCGUUAUGCUGUACAGAGUGUAUCAAAUAUAAGCGUGGGAAUUGUGAUAUGCAUGGUUUGUUGCUGUUGCAGGUGGAAAAGAUUGUAGCUCAGUAUUCCGCUGCUGAGGCUGCUCUCGAUGAUGUGGAGGAGGAGCUGGAGCGUGCUAUGGCCAAGGUGCGUUGGCUGCGGAAGCAGCGCAAGCUGUGGGCUGAGAAAAUGGCGUGUGCGGUGCGCUGUGGUUUGGAUAUGAUUGAGGAGCUUGAUCGUGUGGAGGCGGAGGAGCUGGCAAAGGAGCAGUAG